UGCGUGCGCGCGCGCUCAUCACAAGCUGUCACAAACUCAGCACACAAUCACACUGACACACACACACCACACCACGGCACCGCUAGUGAGAAGCAGAGCGGGAGGACACGCGGCGCGGACUGCGAUGGCUCGUGCGCUCGGCGCUUGCGUGCUGCUCGCCGUCCUGCUCGGUGCCCUGGCGCCGGCGCCGGCGCCGGCGGCGGCCGCGCGCGCCCACGACGACCAGGGCAGCGGGGCCGGCAUACGGCAGCCGAGCGGCGAGUACCGCGGGAGGAAGGUGGGGGCCAGGACCGAGGUGCGGGACGUGGAGGGCGACGGCGAGGUGCAGGAGCUCGGCCGGUUCUCCGUCGCCGAGUACAACCGGCAGCUCCGAGAAGGUGGCGGCGGCGGCGGCAGGCUCGAGUUCGGCAGGGUGGUGGCGGCGCAGCGGCAGGUGGUGUCGGGGCUCAAGUACUACCUCCGCGUCGUGGCCGUGGAGGAGGGCGGCGGCGCGGGGAACGGCGGCGAGCGCGUGUUCGACGCCGUCGUCGUCGUCAAGCCCUGGCUCGACUCGCGUACCCUGCUCACGUUCGCGCCCGCGGCCGCCAAGUAAGCGCGGCGCUACCGCCGGUGUAGUGUAGUAUCUCUGGUCUACCCUUCUCGGAGACCAUGGACGCUGAAUAAAGUCUUGUGUGUUUUGUAUAAGCGAAGCGUACUAGAGAGUGAAGAUGGACGAACUCUGCGCUGCCGCGCGCAGAUCGAUGUUUUUUUUUGAAAG